AUGGUGGCGUACCGGUCCACGACGAAGCCGCCGAGUGUGGCGAACAACCUGUUCUCGCUGUUCAUCCUGCCCAUGGUCCUGCCGAUGCUGCCGCUGGGGGUGGCGCUCAAGUGCACGAUGCCGCUCACGAUGCCCCUGUUGCUGCCGCUGUCCUUCCCGAUGGUGCCCAGCAUGACUGGCCAGCUCCUGGCAUGCCGUUCCUUCGCCGCUCGGACCUUCUGCAACUACAUGUCUGCAGUACGACUCUCGCGUGCCGUGUCGAUGAAUUGGCGCGCCGAGCUGCUGAGCAUGAGAGAGAUGGGCGGGGCCCUGGAGACUUCAAAAGCAACCCACGCUUGGCGGCACGGCGGCGACAUCUGGGGCGCCGGCAGGGCAGAGUCUCCAACUCCCGCCGGAUCGCAGGCCGCGGCCAGCAGCACUGCACGGCAGCGUGGCAUGGCCGCCCGGGCGCAGGAACCACCGCUCCGCAAUGGCGACGACGCGGCAUCGGCGCCAGGAGUCGGAGCACCACCCCGUCACUGUGGCUGCCUCCCAGGGGUGCCCCCCAGCGCGGUGCCCAUUGCCUACGUGGAGGCCUCCCUGGCCAGGGCCGUCGGCGCGUCCGCGGGGCCCAUUUGGCUGUCGCCCGAGACGGCGGCAAAGCAGAGGCGCCGGCACCCGGAGCUGAGCGAGCGCGACUACCUGCAGGCCGCCGGGGCAUUCGGCGACUGCGAGGUCGUCAAGGAGGGGCGUAACGGCUACUCGCGCCACCUGCUGUUCCUGGUCAAGCGCGGCACGCGCCACGCCUGGCGCUGGUGGAAGGCGGCGGUGAAGGCCACAGAGGACGGCGCGGAGCUCUACCUCGUGACCCUGCACCCCCUGGAGAGCAGGGAGGUCGACGUGAUCCGCGAUGCCGGCUGGGUGCUGAGAGAGGCGCGGGGCCGCCAGCGUGUUGCGCAGCUGUUCUCCCUCCACGGGCUGGGCGGCUGAGCGCUGGCCGCGCCCGUCUGGGAGCCUCCGGGGACGAGGGGCAGUCUGGCCGGGCAGUCCGGCGGGGCUCUGCACAACGUCUCGGACAGUCGCAGGCGAACUCCGAGUCGGUCUCUCUCUCGCGCUUCGGGGGUCCCGCUCCGCAGCUUGGACUGGAAGGGCAGGAGGAGCCGCGGGCAUCCCCCGGAGCCUCGUGGCAGAAGGCGGAGGUGAGCCUCAUGUUGCACUUGGUGCCAUAGAGAGAAUUCCGGGGGCAGGCAGGAUGCGAGCUGCGUGCGCUCCUCUGCCUAGAGGGCCGCCCGUGGCCUCAAAAGCAGAUGUUGGGAGGAUCUCGCGCGUAGCUCGAGCUCAUGCUUCAUUAGCGUGAUCACUGAAUUAUGCUCACUUGAGCUGCAGCCUGAGCCCUGGCAGGGGCUGGCCUUCGUUGCCCAUGCCCCUGCUUCUCCUUACAUAAACCAUCGUGAACGAGGUUGAGUUUAAUUCACGCCAGUUCAGCAUGCGGUCUGAAUUCGCGUGGUCCUUAAACUCGAACUCGUUUGCUCGGUGAUGUGGCCGCC